GCAGAUUUGUUUUAACGUCGAUUGGUCCCCGGUGUUCCCAAGCAAGCGCAUACUUUCUCUCGGAGAAUGUACAAUCGCUCGUAGUUUGCGUGGAACCACGUUCCGUGAAGGCCGAUUCGGUUUUCUAGUCGCGUUUCCGCUACGAGAGACGACAACGUGUCAGAGGAAUAUACUUUUCUCGGUGAAUUCACCGUGAUAUACAGAAUCCAAGGCAUCACCGUUAUUCGCGAUCGCCAACCGUUAACCGUGACACCAUAUCGGAUACUCGUUCAUGUAUCAUUGACUUUGCUCGGAAUCGUCUGAUUAUGAGCAUUGAACAAGAGCUACGAGUUGCACAUAAUUCGCCGAUCAUUCAUCCGUUCCGUCAGUUUAUGAUCUCUCGGUUUCUUAGUCAUCUUUCGAUAAAAGUCAGUGACAUGUUUUCGCGCAUUUGAGAGCAAGGGAAAGAUGAAGCGAUGGCGAAUGAAAACGAAAAGAACGGAGAGUGCUCUCGUGACGCUUCUAGGAUGUUUGCUAUUUUCUUACGCUUAUGCACAAGAAAAUAAUGAAGAAUAUAAGGGAAAAUAUUUGGGAAAAUUAAAUCCGUAUCAUCAUCAAGUUUCUGGUGAUGUUUGGGCUGUGGAUCAGUAUACCUUAUUGUUGACGUCCUUUAAUUAUGAUGGUAAUGGAGCCGACACGUUUUUCUGGGCAGGAGCAUCGAAUAGACCAGGCCCGCAAGGAUUUAUAGUCCCCGAUGAGUGGGGCAAGACAAAUAUAUUGGAUCGGUAUUUCAAUCGGGAUUUUACACUCGUUCUUCCGGAUAAUAAAAAAAUAACGGAUAUCAAAUGGUUUGCAGUGUACGAUUUACAAAGUCAAAAUACCUUCGGUGAUGUGUACGUACCCGAAGAAUUUGAUCCACCCGCGCCUCAAAAGAUAUCACAGCUGUCGAAAAGAUCUCACAAUGUCUCAUCAGAACCCAUUGUGAUUUUGGAUUCAAAAACUAUCAGCAUACCACAAUUCUUCUACGAUGGGCAAGGUGUAGAUACGUAUUUCUGGGUCGGUCUUGGUCCGCAACCAUCUAGCAAGGGCCACAAAGUACCCGAUGAAUACGGAUACAUGGAUUCUCUUAGAGCAUACAAUAACGAAGACAUCAUAUUAGAAUUGCCAGGCGAUAUGACGGUUUUUAACAUAGAUUGGCUGAGUAUUUUUGACGUAAAAACUAAAUCGAAUUAUGGUUCCGUUAUUAUACCCGAUGGACUCAAUGUACCGCCGUCGUUGAUAAAAAUUAUCAAGCAAACGCAAUCUCUUCCGAAUUGCGUUCAGCUACAUAAGCGAUAUCAAGUUGCCUGGGAAAUCUUUGGUCCGCAGAUUACCAUCCAAUUGGUAGGUCAAGUCGCCGAAGAUGAGUACAUGGCUUUUGGGUUGUCCGGUUCGGAGAACUCGAGUCAAAUGGAAGGUGCAGACGUAGCCAUCGCGUAUAUGGACGAUACCCGUGGAUAUGCUACGGAUUACAAUAUUACAGCAAAGGCGCCAUGUGGAAAAGUUCUCGGUCAAUACAAAGGCGUUUGCAGAGACGAGCUUUUUGGCGGUUUGGACAACAAUCAGCUCUACACCGCGGUAAGAGAGAAUGGUAUCAAUAUCAUCACGUAUAGGCGUACACUUAUUUCAUCCGAUUCCGGAGACAAAGAAUUCCCCAUAGAUAAACCAGUAUAUGUGAUUUGGGCUUUGGGCAGACUCGAUAAAAUUAAUAAUGAACCGAGCUUUCACGAUUUGUAUCCAAGAGGCGACGUUUUACUCGAAUUAAAUCGUAAAGAAGCAGAGAAUACCUGCAUCGAUUUUACAGAAAUCAGCAAUAAACUCUCUCAGAAAGAACCUUGGCAGAAAACAGAAAUAAUCGACAGAAGCGUCCGAACUUUUCGAGCAACUAUUGGACCCUCCGGAGGAAAAAAAGGAUAUCAAGGAAUCACGGGAAAACCAUCGGUAGGUCUUGCCUGGUACAUCGAAGGUGCGCUGAUACCUGAGUUGUACUUACGACGCGGAUUAACGUACAGCUUUCGCGUUUAUGGCGGAAAUAAUCCGCACAGUGCAAACCUGUAUCAUCCUUUAAUAAUAACCGAUGAUCCUCACGGAGGAUACGAUACGCUCAGCGAUCUUGCGCAAAGCAAGAUUAGAGUGUUAGCUGGAGUUGAGUUUACUAGAAGAGGCCGACCGCGACCAACCGCGGUUGGACCACUUUGUUUAAGUAAGCAUAACGGUCGAGACAGAAGACUGGAUGAUUCUUUUCCAUCAUUUAAAAAAUUCAAUAGAACUCUCAUGCAAAUCUGCGAGCCAGGAGACGGUGGCAUUUUAACAGUGAGUCCGAAUUCAUCAUGGCCCGACUUGGUUUAUUACAAUUCGUUUACUCAUCCAAACAUGGGAUGGAAGAUUCACGUAAUCGAUUCUUACACAAGAAAUAGUGCGACUGCACAUAAGUUAUCAUUACUCAUCACAAUUACGAUUAUGUUUUCUCAUCUAUUAUAAAGUUAAAUAUAAUAUGUGGAAGAUAUGUCAAAAAUUUUUUUCAAUUUACAAAAGAUACAUGGAAUCAAAAUUCGCCAGUUGUUACAACAAUUUAUAUCAAAUUAGCACGUGCAUCGUGAUGGUACAAUUUAAAGAUGAUAAAAAUCACCUGUAUCACAUAUAUUAUUUUUCUUGAAUUAUAUUAAGUAAUUAAUGGUUCCUACAAUAAGUUGCGUUCGUUAUAAAAAUUUGUGUAAUUAUAACUAUAAUUAUUAUGAUUGCAAAAUUAGAAGUAACACUAAA